AUGCUCGCUGCUGUCGCAAUUCUCUGCACUUUUGAGUUGAUGGACGCUCCUGGGAGCGCAUGGAGAGCUCAUCUCAGCGCUUUGCCCCUCUUUGAUGACAGGUCGGCCUCUAUGCCAGGUCAUUCUCUGAUUGUCAUUCCUCGGACGGCUAUAAAGGGUCCAAUAUUUUGGAGUCUGGCCCGGCAGGACUUAUUAUGUGCUUUCAUAAGUGAGACUCCCACUCGAUUGGAUUUGAAAGACAUGCGGCUCUGGCAGAAUGCAGGUUUGGCCACGGACGAGAAUGGAGAGCUUCUGCCCUACAGCCCAACAGACGUGAUAGAGCGGCAAAACUCCUCUGGACUUGAAGAGGACAUGAAGAGCAAUGAACUAGCGUGGAUCCUUGGUAAAAUUGCAAACCAUCUUACUGCCGGGGACGCUUUCGUUAUGGUGAACAACAAGUUACCACGCCAUGAGCGGCCUGUGAUCGGUUUAAGCCAGGAGCAUCUCCUGGAGAGAUGGAAUAUGUUGAUGUCUGAUUUAGAGAGAUGGCACGACUCCCUUUCCGCUUCCUUCGCUUCGACUACCCGAACGCGGAGACUGGGCACCGCAGCUUCAGGAUUUGAGCUAAGUUUUGAUAGCUUCGUGCAGAUCUGGUUUGAUCUGCCCUUGUGCGCUGCAACAAUGCAAAGCUACCACCAAGCCAAGAUACUGUUAUUGGCAAAUGAGCCGCAAGAGUCAACUGCCAUUCGAUCGACUGUAUCAGCACGCUUGAGAUCCUACCGACAUGCUUUGCGCGAGGUCGUCUACCAUGCCAGGGAAGUGUGUGGCAUAAGCCUUGCCAAUUCAACAGACUCACUUCGGGUGAAUUCCGUUCAAGCUCUAUUUGUCGCUGGGCAGGUCUUUCAGGAACGACGCGAGCAGGACGCGGUACUUGAAUUACUGUCUGGUAUCGAAAGAGAUCUUGGCUGGACCACUAGAUAUCAUGUGGCCAAGUUAAAAGAUGAAUGGGCAAGGGGAAGAGAAGGCAAUCACGUUGACCGUGAGGAGCCAGGUCAUGACUCCAACUGGUUUAUACCAUAG